AUGCCUGUUGUUACAGAUCCAUAUGAGUUCAAUCUUUCACAAUUACGGUUUAUCUCUGGUUCAUUUAGCAAAGAUCUGAACAGUAGAAGCCUGUUGGCAGAGUGUGUUGGUGAAGAUAUAGAAGAUUUGGAACAUACACCAAAAGCUGAAUUUGAAGGUUACUUUAAAGUGACAAAUGUGAUACAUCGUGGUUCCCACCAUCUUCUCCUGAAGGCCUUGAAGAGUAAGACAAGAUUGAGAGGUGAAAAAAGGGGCUAUUUGCUACAAGAUCACCACAACGUCCAUUCCCAAAUUGGUCAUAUAGUCACAAAAGCGUAUAACAGAGUGCUUGAGAAGCCAACUCCUGAAACUAGAGAAGCAGGAGUUACAAGUAACAUGCACUUUUUUGAUUCAGAUGGCAUGAACAAGAAGUAUGACACCCCUGAACAAAGUAUUGGAGGGGCUUUUGAAGGAAGGAUUGUUUGA